AUGUCGGUGUCCCUGUCCAGCAUCCCUGUAGUGCUGAAGGACAAGAGCUACCAUGGCGGCAUGCUGAAGGGCAGUCCCGCUCGCGGCUUCUACCCUGCCCCUCUCCCCGGCCCCCACCACUACUUGGACUUCUUCCCGCGGACUCAUAGCCUCCUCCACCCGCUCAAGUCUCUCGGUCGCCUGGUGUCCGACACUCAGGCGCCCCUGCAGCUCAGCCUGCAAGGCGGAGCCCCUCCGUUCCUCGGCCAGGGCAGCCACCACGCCUCGGUCCUGCACGAACACAUGUUGAACGCCUCCGGCAUCCCCUACCUGAGCCAGAUGUUGCCCGGACACCCGCUGUACUCCAAACCGGAGGAGCUGGCCGCUGUGGUGACCGAGCACGCCGCUGGCCCGCUUUCCUCGGACUUCAGCAGCCCGUCCAGUGAAAGGUCCUCUUCUUCCGCCACCUCACCGCCCAAGGAGAGUUUGUUUCGCCUCCGGGGCGCAGACCUGUCGCCAGAAAAAACGCUCACGUCUUAUAAUUUUAGCGAGGACGACUUGUUCAUGGUUCUUUACGGUUACUCCAGCGGCCAGGAGCGAAACAUGGGUCAUGCUAUAUCAGGACUGGCCCUGCCGGAAAAGUCAGUUUUGGACUCUCACAUUCUCCCACUGGACAAAGAAACGCUUGAACUUCCAGAGGGGUUAACCAUCCUCCAGGCAGCUUGGGGAAACAUCUCGCACCAUGGGGUCUUCACAGACAAAAACAGCAUCCCUAAAGGGACGCGCUUCGGACCUUUCCAAGGAAAGCUGGUCAAUACAAGCGAGAUUAAAACCUACGACGACAACACCCUGAUGUGGGAGGUGUUUGAAAACGGCCGGUUGAGUCAUUUCGUGGACGGCAGGGGAGGCUCGGGAAACUGGAUGUCUUUAGUGAAGUGUGCUCGCUUCCCAGAUGAGCAGAACCUAAUUGCUGUACAGGUCCAGGGUCAGAUCUUCUAUGAGGCCUGCAAAGAGAUCCUGCCUGGACAGGAGCUGCUGGUGUGGUACGGAGACUGCUACAUGCAGUUCCUCGGCAUCCCCCUCACCCUGAAGGACUCCAGAGAGGACAGCAACGUGGUUCCCGCAGCUGAAGAUUCUGGUGAGGGUUUCAAGUGUGACAGAUGCGGGAAGGUGUUUGCAUACAAGUACUACCGAGACAAGCAUCUGAAGUACACGCGCUGCGUGGACCAGGGCGACAGGAAGUUCCCCUGUCACCUCUGCAACAGAUCUUUCGAGAAGAGAGACAGAUUAAGGAUCCACAUUUUGCACGUUCACGAAAAACACAGGCCUCACAAGUGCUCUGUAUGCGGGAAGAGUUUCUCGCAGUCGUCCAGUCUCAACAAACACAUGCGUGUGCACUCUGGAGAGCGGCCGUACAAGUGUGUCUACUGCAAUAAGGCCUUCACCGCCUCUAGUAUUCUGCGCACACAUAUCCGCCAGCACUCCGGAGAGCGGCCGUUCAAGUGCAAGCACUGCGGGAAGGCCUUCGCCUCCCACGCCGCCCACGACAGCCACGUCCGGCGGACCCACGCAAAGGACAAGCCCUAUUCCUGCAGCCUGUGCGGGGUUUCAUUUCAAGAGGAACAGGAGCUUCAAUACCACACGAAAAGUCAUAAAAAAGUCUUGGACAGCAAAAUUCCUCCGUCUGGAUUACAGGAGGACUCCGUGUUUCCAGCGAAGGACUAUCCUAAAAUACAGAAAAACGCCGGACAGAACCUCCCUUACACCGGGUUAACAGUUUUAAAUCCAGAAUAUCGGCCCUGGAACUAGUCUACACGAGCUAAACUGUAGGACUGGUUCUAACCGUGUGUGAUAUUUUAGAAGACGCAGAUAUCCCAGGAAGACUGAAUAUAUACAUGAACACUGUGGUAAUACCAUGAGAGAUAAAUAAAUAAGGCCUGUAAGGUAGGAUCUCGUGGUUUUUCUUUAUGUAAUUGCUGCUUAAGAAAAAAUAUAUGUUGUUCUGUAGCAGGCCUAUUUAAAUAGGCUCAUCCUAAUUUAAAUUGUUGGCAAAAUGUGUCUAAAUCUAUUUAUAAUAUGUUAAAAUAUGUUGUCGUUUUGUGGCUUAAAGGUUUCACUUCAAUGAUUUAAUGAACCCAAUGCGAUUCAAUUAUAGUAAUAACCACAGUUUAUUAUUAUUAUUAUUGUUGUUGUUGUUGUUGUUACGCUGGGUUUUCUUGCAUCGACUAAUGCUUGAAAAGCAAAGUAUUUGUAUCAUUGUAGAUUUGAGCCUAUUUGUGUACAAAAUCAACGUUAAACUCUCUCUUAAUUUAUAAUGUAUGAUAAUAUUUUUUACUGUAAUGUACUGCUGCAAAGGCAAUC